AUGGUCAAAGAAACUCAUUUAUAUGAUAUACUAUCAGUUUCAAUAAAUUCAUCAAUUGAAGAAAUUUCAAGAUCUUUUAAAAAACAAGCAUUAAAAUGUCAUCCUGAUAAAACAAAUCAUAACCCUCAAUUAACUGAAAAAUUUAAAGAAAUUAAAAGAGCUUAUGAAAUAUUAAAAGAUGAUAAACAACGUUAUAUAUAUGAUAAUUUUGGAGAAGAAGGUUUGGAAUCAAUGAUUAUUGAAAGUAAUGAAUCUAAUAAUAAUCAAAAUAAUAAUAAUAAUCAGAGUAACAAUGCCAACAAUAAUCAGAAUAAUUCAAAUUAUACACCAAAUACACAAUUUCAACAAUUUUUUACAUCAUCCACCAAGAAUUCAACUGGACAAAAAAGAACUCAACAAUUUCAACAACAAGGAUCAUCAUCAUCAUCAUCAAAUUCUCAAAAUUUUAAUUCAAAUGAUAUUUUUUCUCAAGUUUUCCAAGAUUUAAAUUCAAUGUUUUCAAAUUCAAAUUCAUUUUUUCAAUCAUCAAAUUCAUUUGAUUCAUUUACAAAUUUCCAAUCACCAUCAAAUUUUCAACAAAAUUUUACAAAUUCUUCAUUUCAACAACCACCCCCCCAACAACAACAAGAAAUGAAAAAAAUCAUAAAACCAUAUGGAGAACCAUUACAAAACCAGCUCGUAAGAGGUGAUGAUAUACGUCAUGUAUGUGAUGUAACAUUAGAAGAUUUAAUGUAUGGAAAAACUUUAAAAUUAUCAUUACCAAAAAAUUCAAAAUGUUCAAAUUGUAAUGGAUAUGGUGGAAUUAAUCCUAAAAUUUGUAAAACUUGUUUAGGUUCUGGUCAAAUUUUAAUAAUUCAAUAUAAUCAAUUUAGUUCAUAUAAACAAACAAAUAUAUGUACAUCAUGUCAAGGUAAUGGUAUAAAAAUAAAACCAAUAGAUAAAUGUAUAUAUUGUAAUGGUGAAGGUUAUAUGGAAAUUACAAAAAUUUUGAAAAUUUAUAUCCCACCAGGUACUCAUCAAGGUUCUAAAAUAAUUCUAAAGGAAGAAUCAGAUGAAGGUAAAAAUAUAAUACCUGGAGAUUUAAUUAUAAUAAUAAAUCAAAAACCUCAUAAAUAUUUAAUUCGUAAAAAUAAUGAUUUAUUUAUGAAUUAUGAAAUAGAUUUAAAAACAGCACUACUAGGUGGGUUUAUAUUAAUCCCCAAUUUUUUAAAAAUGGGUCAAUUUUUAAAAAUUUAUAUAAAUUCAACAGGUAAUCAACAACAUAAAAAUUCAUCAACUUCAUCACAACAACAAAAUAAUUCAUCUCAAUCAUCAUUAGAUUCUAAAAAAAUUUCAAAUGGUGAAAUUAUAGGUACUAUACAAAAUAAUGAACCAAAAUUAGUUAAAAAUUUAGGUAUGCCAAUAUCCACGCAAUUUUCAAAUGGUAUAUUAAUUCAAGAUUCUUCAAAUUUACAAUUAUUAGAAUCAACCAACACCAAUAAAAACCAGCCCUCCCAAAAAAGAGGAAAUCUUUAUAUAAAUUUUCAAAUUAAAUUACCUAAAAUUUCCCAAUUUUCACAACAAAAUUUAGAUUUACUUGAAAAUAUUUUACCAAAUAAUUUAAAUUAUAUUCCUUCCCCUACUGAAAGAAUUAUAGAGAGUAAUUUAUCAAAUAUUCCUGAUUCCACCAAAAAUAUAAAUUUAGAUUCAGAAUCAGAAGAACCUAUAGUAAUUGAAUCACCACCCCAACAAGAACAACAAGAACAACAACAACUGGAAUUUAAAAGAAGAAGAUUUAAUAGUUCUGAAUCUAAUCAAUCUUUAAAUAAUAAUGAUAAUAAUAAUUCAUUUAGUUUGUAA